GCUUGCAACAUCUGCUAUAUAAUAAGAUCUAGAUUUGCUCUGUGAUCGACAUUUACCUUAUUCAGUCGGUGUAGCUGCUCAUGAAUAUCACGAGAAUAUCACUGUUGUGUGAGAGACCUCGCCUAUAUGUUGUUACUAAUAGACUUGUAGACUCUAAAUAUCGACAGUAGACAGUUAAACCAAAGGCUGGAGACAUGGCUCAAACAGUGGUGACGGCUUUGGGUGUGGUCGGUGUGGCACUGGCAGUUUUUAUCAACUUCUCUAUCCACAAGAUUGAGGAAGGACAUGUUGGUGUUUAUUACAGGGGAGGAGCCUUACUGAGUACAACAAGUGACCCAGGCUACCAUUUCCAGAUUCCAGGCAUAACAACAUUCAGAUCUGUACAGACAACCUUGCAGACUGAUGAAGUGAAGAAUGUCCCCUGUGGUACAAGCGGAGGAGUGAUAAUAUAUUUUGAAAGAAUUGAAGUUGUCAACAAAUUAAGCGUUUCCUCAGUUUUCAAUGUUGUGAAGAACUACACUGCCGACUACGACAAAACUCUCAUCUACAACAAGAUCCACCACGAGCUCAACCAGUUCUGUAGCGUUCACAAUCUCCAGGAGGUCUACAUUGAUCUCUUCGAUCAGAUUGAUGAGAACCUAAAGAAGGCCCUGCAAGAGGAUCUGAACACCCUUGCACCAGGACUGACUGUACAAGCCGUCCGAGUCACCAAACCCAAGAUCCCAGAAACCAUCAGGAAGAACUAUGAAGCCAUGGAGGCAGAGAAAACCAAGCUGCUCAUCAGCAUCCAGAGACAGAAGGUCGUGGAGAAGGAGGCCGAGACGGAACGCAAGAAGGCCAUCAUAGAGGCAGAGAAGGUGGCUUUAGUGGCCAAGAUUCAGUGGGAACAGAAGGUGAUGGAGAAAGAGUCUGAGAAGCGGAUGUCACUGAUUGAAGAUUCAACCCAUCUGGCCCGUGAGAAGGCGAAGGCUGAUGCAGAUUCCUACAAGGCACAGAUGGAGGCAGACUCCAACAUGAGAAAACUAACCCCCGAGUACCUGGAGAUGAUGAAGUACCAGUCCAUAGCCCAGAACAGCAAAAUUUACUUUGGUAACAGUAUUCCUGGCAUAUUCCUGGACAGCUUUGGGAUACCUUCAGUAGCAGCAUCAGCAUCAGAUGGGGCAGACAAAGGUGGAGACAAGGGGGCGACUGGAAAGGGGAAGAUGUAAUUUGUGGCCAUGACGAGGAGGAGGUGUUGGGGACAUCGACACAGGGGACAUCAGUGGUGAUGCUGUCACACUUUGCUCAAUCUGAAUCCAACCAGCACAUUGGCACUGGUGUCCAGCUUGUACCACACCUGCUAUAGGUCGCCUUCUACUGAACAGUCCAGGAGAAAAGAACAAAAUGAAACUUGAUUUCCAGGAGUAAUUUAGUUAGUUACCUUAGUGUUGUUCAAGAAUUUGAUCUCCAACAUUUAUUUCAACUUUUACUUUUACAACAAAUUACCACCAAUCAAUUGUAAUUUUCUGAAUAUUUAUUUAUACAGUAAUUGUUUAUGUAUACAGAGCUUACACCAAUUAUUUGUCUUUAAAAAUUAAAUUCCAUGUAGGAUGUUUUAAGAUGGUCAGUGCUCUGCUGAAAGGUGUGAAGAUUAUGUCAAUUUUAUCAUGUAUAUAUGUGGAUGAGAAUGUUGUGUGUGGACCAUGUUUUAGGGUUCCGCCGAAGGGAUGACUUUCUUCAGCAACACUUCUUGUGUCAAACCUUGAUGUUGUUAAAAAUAGCUAACCAAGAAAAAAUCAUGUAUCAAAAACGUCUUUUCUGAAGAAUCACUCCUACCAUUGUUAGAUCAAUUUGGUGAAGGGUGUUUGUUUUUAUGCCUUUUCUCAGAAGAGGAGAGAGCAUCUCUACUGUUCGAUGUUGUCACUUGUAAAACUUCCAUGUGAGACCUGCGCACAUGUGUGUAUGUCCUGGUUGUUGGGGUGGGGACACGUCAGCAUCACCAUGCAUCACACCAUCACUCUGUCUUACAUCUACAUCCACUUGAGAAGCAUCAUAACUCUAUGUGAACGGGACUGUCAUCGCUACUGACAUCCUCUCUUGAGUGGAACAGGACUCUGGGCUAAGUUAGAUUCCCGUCAACCAGCAUCUUCAUAACUUGUUGUGAAUGGGACUGUCAUCGCUACUGACAUCCUCUCUUGAGUGGUACAGGACUCUGAGCUAAGUUAGAUUCCCGUCAACCAGCAUCUUCAUAACUCCAUGUGAAUGGGACUGUCGUCACUACAGCAUGGCUUCACUAUUGACGUCCUCUUCUGAGAAGGACUGGACUGUGGAACGAAUGGAGUCCUGCCAAGUUAGGUUCAAGGCAACUUCACCAAUUUGUUAUCUGCUAAUUUGAAUUUUAUGAUGAUGUACAUCAGUUGAUGAUUCCCCACCCUGAUUACACAGAGACAUUGUUUCACAUUGUUUCACACAUGGCACUGAAUAUGUAAUCAGACCCUGACCACACAAAGACAAUGUUUCACAUUGUUUCACACAUGGCACUGAUUAUGUAAUCAGACCCUGACUGGCCACACUGUGGAGCACAUCCCUCUUUAAUAUUUGUCUUGCAGUAGAAGUGAGUGAAGUUGAUGUUGUGAGCUGUAAGAUGUACAUUUUAACCUGACAUGUUGUGUAGUGGCUGGCUGUGUGUAGUUCAGCUCAUCUUGUAUAGCCACGUGUGUAUCACAGGUGUGUGUGUGUGGCACAGGUAUAUGUGUGUAUCACAGGUGUGUAUCACAGGUACAUAUGUGUGUUUCACAGGUAUAUGUGUGUGUGUGUGUGCGUGUGUGCGUGUGUGUGUUAAUGCAGGUAACAGGUGCUUGUUGUUUUCACAUUUCUUCAUCAAUGCUAGAAAUUAGGAAUUUAGAUUUCACGUUUCGUUAUCAUACAAUGAUGCUCUUUGGAACCUUUUUUGUCUGAUCAUCCAUCUUGAGUUCUAGAUUGUGUGGUAUCAGACCACUUCUGUGAGUAUCAUGCAGGACAUUCUGCCUCCCCAAGACUAACCUGUGUGCUUAGUGUUACUCUGUGCUGCUUGGACAUAGCUUGGUGGACCUGAUGUCUGUUCCACAUGUCACAUUGAACACAGGUGCAGUGUCCCUGGUUGAUACCCCACAUAGACGGUUAGGACAUUGCCGAAUAACUUAUAAAAAUGUUGAAGAGUCCCAUCUCCUUACUCAUGCAGUGUUGAGUUUGAUCUCACUCAUACAGUGUUUAGUUUGAUCAGAAGGAACAUCUCACUCAUGCAGUGUUUAGUUUCAUCUCACUCAUGCAGUGUUUAAUUUGAUCAGAAGGAACAUCUCGAUCAUGCAGUGUUUAGUUUGAUCAAAAGGAACAUCUCACUCAUGCAGUGUUUAGUUUGAUCAAAAGGAACAUCUCACUCAUGCAGUGUUUAGUUUCAUCUCACUCAUGCAGUGUUUAAUUUGAUCAGAAGGAACAUCUCGAUCAUGCAGUGUUUAGUUUGAUCUUACUCAUGCAGUGUUUAGUUCCAUCUCACUCAUGCAGUGUUUAGUUUGAUCAAAAGACCAUCUCACUCAUGCAGUGUUUAGUUUGAUCAAAAGGAACAUCUCACUCAUGCAGUGUUUAGUUUCAUCUCACUCAUGCAGUGUUUAAUUUGAUCAGAAGGAACAUCUCACUCAUGCAGUGUUUAAUUUGAUCAGAAGGAACAUCUCACUCAUGCAGUGUUUAGUUUGAUCAGAAGGAACAUCUCACUCAUGCAGUGUUUAGUUUGAUCAGAAGAUACAUCUCACUCAUGCAGUGUUUAGUUUGAUCAAAAGGAACAUCUCACUCAUGCAGUGUUUAGUUUGAUCAAAAGAAACAUCUCACUCAUGCAGUGUUUAGUUUGAUCAGAAGGAACAUCUCACUCAUGCAGUGUUUAGUUUCAUCAAAAGGAACAUCUCACUCAUGCAGUGUUAAGUUUCAUCAAAAGGAACAUCUCACUCAUGCAGUGUUUAGUUUGAUCAAAAGGAACAUCUCACUCAUGCAGUGUUUAGUUUGAUCAGAAGGAACAUCUCACUCAUGCAGUGUUUAGUUUGAUCAAAAGGAACAUCUCACUCAUGCAGUGUUUAGUUUGAUCAGAAGGAACAUCUCACUCAUGCAGUGUUUAGUUUGAUCAGAAGGAACAUCUCACUCAUGCAGUGUUUAGUUUCAUC